GUCGGCGGCGGGGCGGACAACCUCCCCUGGCCCAUCAUCGGCGGCGUCGCUGCCGCUGCGCUCUCCCUGCUCUGCUGCGCACUCUGCCUCGUCCUCUACCAGCGGGGCAGCCGGCUCCGCGACCAGCGGUCGCGGCGGCGCGAGAGGACAGCGGUGGACAUCGCCGCUGCCUUUAUCGCCGGCCGGCGCCGCUCUCGUUCGUUUCCUCCUUCCAGCGGCGCCGUGACCCCAGCGCGGGCGACGGAUAAGCGGCAGAGGGAGGGGGCGAGCGAGGGGCAACCGGUCGCCGUCGGGUCGCCGGCCGCUCGUCGGGGCAUCUUUCGGCCGCCGCCGCCCGGCACUCCAGGCAGGUACCCGCCGCCGCCCACCCCCGGCAGCCCCUCCGACGGCUCCGGCACCCCUCGCGGGCAGCUGGCCGAGUCGUCCGACGGCUCCGGCACGCCGACCACCGCCUCGCUGGCGACGCUGGCGAGGCUGAGCGAGGCUGGGUCCGAGGACGGGGCCUAUGACCGGAGGAGCAGGCCCUCGUUCCAGUACAGCUUCUCCAACUUCGAGCUCAUGUCGUGGGACGCGAUCUCCCUCGGCGAGCUCAUCGGCUCGGGCGCCGCCGGAGACGUCUACCAGGCACUGUACGCCUCGACGGGGGUGGCGUGCAAGCGGCUGCGCUUCAGCAAGGAGGCGGCCAACCGAGCGAUGCAGGUGCUGGUCGAGGAGUGCCGCCUCGCGCUCAAGCUCCGCCACCCAAACGUGGCGCGCGGGAUGGCGUACCUUCACAGCCACCGCGUGAUCCACCGCGACCUCAAGCCGGGCAACGUGCUGCUCAAACUGCCGAUGAUGACUGCCAAGGUGGCAGACUUUGGCGCGUCGCGCGAGAACAUGCAGCCCGCCCCCUCCGCCGGCUUGCACGCGGGCGCCUUCUCGCUCGAGCGAGCGAGCGCGGCGAUGACCAUGUCGAUGGCCGGCACGCCAGUCUACAUGGCGCCCGAGGUGCUCCGGCAGGACCGGUACGGCAAGCCGUGCGACGUCUGGUCCUUUGGCGGGCUGCUCGUCCACAUCGCGACCCGCCGGCCGCCCUUCGCCGCGCUGCUCGAGUCCGGCCACCUCUCGCCGCUCGACCUUCUCAACAAGGUGACCAAGGGCGAGAUGCGGCCGACCUCGAACCCCGGGGGGCAGCCCGGCGCGCUUUGCUUCGCGCCGGCAGAGUGGCCGCAGGCCGUCGCGCAGCUCGCCGAGGCGUGCUUCGCCUUCGACCCGCUCGAGCGGCCCACGUUCGAGGAGGCGGCGGACGAGUCCAAGGAGCCCAAGGUGUUCUCCGCCUGCUCCGCCCGCUCCGCCUUCUCCGAGCCCGUAUGA